ACCAGCCCCACCUCCACUGUGGUCCACUGAAAAAUGAGUAACCCGCAGCUACAAUUGCUAAAUCAUGGCUUCUUUCAUGGAACGGUUAGCUUUCCUUCAGAAAGUCCCGACUUUGAUGAAGGCGACAGCAGAUGAUGAGAGCCCUUGUCCUGGGUACAUUUUCCAAGAAAUCGGAAAAAUCUCCCACGAGUCUUUGGCAAAUGAUCAAUGUUUAUUGGAGUACCUGCUAGAGAGGCUUCAGGUUGAGUCUUGUCAUGUCAAACUCAAGGUGCUGAAGAUCUUUGUUCAUUUGUGUGGCCAUGGCUCCAAACAUUUCCUCACUGAACUCAGGAGGAAUUCCACCUUCAUUCAGCAGGCAUCAGUAUACAGUGGGCCACCUGAUCCCAUCCAUGGCACGGCUUUGUAUCUGAAAGUGAGAAACACUGCACAGGAAGUUGCGCGACUACUUUUCACUGAUUCAUUUUAUGUGAAAACUGGUGUGCUGCCUUUAAACAUGGCAACUUCAACAAUGGGUAUGGGAUCAGCAGCCCCCCACAAGGGAGGAAUGCAAGGCUUUGGGUAUAAUCCAGGAAAGCAGGAGACAGGCAACGACUCACUUCUAGAUAAGAUCCAGAAAGCUGCAGAAGUAGUGGCCAGUGCCGUCCUUCCCCCGACGGAACACCAGGGCAUCCGUCUCCACGACAACCACUACCGAGCUGUAGUGGCGCCAUCUGCGCCAAUAGAAGUAGCUGUACCAGCAUGUGCCUACAGCCUGCCUGCUCACAAACUUAAAGUCACUACAGGAUCAACCCAGCGGUGUCCAGGGCAGAUCGGAGGCGGCUGGGAAGAGACUGACAGCGGCAACAAUUCCUCUCACAACUCAUCUCAGGACAUCUCCACCAAUAGCAGAGCCUCAGCAGGUAGCAAGUCGGCGUGCACCGGGAGCCAAUCGGGAGCCAGCAGAGAAAGCAGCGGAGACCUAUCAGAGCGGGUUGAAGCGUUGCAGUUGGGCGACUGCGGCCAGGAGAUGGCGCUCAUUAGCAAGUUGAUGGAAGGCUCCAGAGUGUUUCUAUCCAAUGAGGAGAUCCAGUACUUUACCAAAGAGUGCUCCACUCUUAACUGUGAGGUUGUGGUGGAGUUGCUCUCCAACAGGCUACAAGAUCCCUCCAGCACUGUAAACAUGAGGGCGUUGUGCGCUGUAGCCUGCCUUAUGACUGCCGACCUUCUGUCUCUCGAGCAAAUAUUUGGAGCAACGCAACGUCGGCUCCGUCAACUCACGGAGGGCCCUCCAGGACCUGUGGCCAACAAAUCCAUGAAGAUCCUGAGACAGUUCAAGGCCCUGAUGGGUGGCGUUCACGAUGCCCCCAAACAGGAUCCAGCCAGCGACAGUCAUCAAGUCAACCAGACGUCCAGCCUACUACUCAUUUCGCCAUUAGUUGUGGGCAACUGUGAGAAACCGCUCCCGGCUCCUAUUAGGACUGAGGUGACUGCCAUUCAAGACGACGAGGGUAUUGAGCCAUGUGCCGCCAGACUCUCCCUGUUCAGCGGUAUGAAUUUGGUGAGCAGGGCAAAGACUCCCGAGUCCCACGUGGACCCAGACUCACUACAGGACUCUCUAAAAGAGAACCACCCCAACCCCCUAGCUUCGUCUGAGAGAAGCCAACAGUCGUCCGCUUUCUCGUUUCUCAACUCUUGACCUCUGGCGAGGCGCUACACCUUUUAAAUCUCUUACAGAGAUGUCAUUGAGUAUUUGUUUUCACGUCCAACUUUCUGUCUCUCCAAGAAUUGAGUGAAUCUGAUGUUACAGUAUGGUUUAUUGAAUUUGAUCUCAGGAUUCAUUUCAGGCUACAAAAACAACCUCUUCAGCACAUUCAAGUUGCACUCUGCUUUGCACUAAAAUCAUUUUCCUGAAGACCUGCUAUCCUAGAGUUGUCUUCCAGUGUUUGCUAUCAUACUAAUGCAAAUGUAGGAAAAUUAUUUUACACCACCAUCUUACUAUUAUUUAUUGUGUUUACAGCCGGUCGAUUUAUGCAAGUGGUGCUCGAGCGCAUGUCUACACUUAGAAUUGUUUUGUGUGGAACCAGAGAAGCAAGAGUCAGUAUAUAAUGCAAAAUAUUUUCAACAAUGGCAGUCUAUCACGUCCACUAAUAAAAGAUCCCACUUGG